CCUGACUCGCCGGGCUAAAAGCUGCAAAUGAAUCGCUACAAUGUGGAUAAACAGCGGAGCGUUCUCCGAGUCAUUCCGCGAGAAGUUCUCCGCAAAUAAGGGAGGAUCACUGAAGUAUAGCCCAAAACAAGAAUAAAAAACUUCUCUGCACUAAAAAAAAUGAAUUAAAAUCUGCACAAAACCUCUCUGCGAAUAAUAGGGCGGUAGUGGAAGCUUUGAAUCAAAAGAAUUGCUUAGAAAAGCAGAGUGUCAAUCAUAAAUGACAGCCUGCAUUUGCCUUUUCAAUGGACAUCAUUAUUUAACAGGCAAAGGCCAAAAGCCUCGGCCUUUUGCACAUUCUAUGCUGGCCAAUGAAAGAAGCCACCGGAUCGAAGCCGACUAGGGAAACUUUCCUUUUGCUUAGGUUAAUAAGAAGCCUGACAUUGUUUAAGAUGGAAACUUGUUCGAUUAUUUGGAUCGGAACCUUUCCGCGGCGAAAAUAGCUGUUUCGAUUCGGCUUCUAUUCUUUUGGCCGCGAGGUCGACUUAUGCCCUAGAAAAGAGAAGGAAAUUAUGGAGGGAGCCUUUGCCCUAGCAGCGGCUAUGAAUGCCACCGCUAAAGCCACGGCUAAUGCAACAUGUUUCAAGCUUAUGAAGACUACUUCGAACGGGGGAUGGCAAGGCGAUAAUCCAAUCAAUUUUGCCCUACCGCUGCUGAUUCUUCAGAUCUGUCUUGUGCUUACCGUGACUCGAACCCUCGCCUUCUUGUUCAGGCCGUUGCGGCAACCUCGCGUCGUAGCAGAAAUCAUUGGAGGCAUUAUUCUUGGCCCAUCUGUUAUAGGACGCAGCGAGUCUUACAUGAAAACUGUUUUUCCCAAGAAUAGUACCCCAGUGCUUGAAACUGUUGCCAAUAUCGGCCUCUUAUUCUUUCUCUUUCUGGUUGGGCUAGAGUUAGAUUUUAAUGCCAUUAAGCGAACGGGAAGAAAAUCGCUGGCAAUUGCAGCUGCUGGAAUCACUUUACCAUUUGUAGCUGGGAUUGGUGUUGCCUUUUUACUGAGGUCAACCAUUUCAAAAGGUGUGGAUUAUGGUGCCUUCCUUGUUUUCAUGGGUGUUGCACUGUCUAUCACUGCCUUCCCUGUGCUUGCCAGGAUACUUGCAGAGCUCAAACUUCUUACAAGAGAUGUGGGCCAGCUGGCCAUGUCUGCAGCGGCUGUUAACGAUGUGGUUGCUUGGAUUCUCUUAGCCAUUGCUGUUGCUCUGUCAGGGUCAGGCAAGAGUCCAGUCAUAUCAGUUUAUGUUUUGCUCUGCGGUGUAGUAUUUGUGGCUUUCAUGAUGUUGGCAGUGAGACCCAUGAUGGCGUUGAUGGGCCGCCGGUCACCUGACAAUGAGCCGGUAAGUGAGCUUUUUAUCUGCAUAACACUUGCAGGUGUCCUGGCAUCGGGGUUUGUAACAGAUGCAAUCGGUAUCCACUCAAUCUUUGGAGCUUUUGUCUUCGGAUUAACUAUUCCCAAGGAGGGACCCUUUGCAGGCAUGUUGAUUGAAAAGAUUGAAGAUUUUGUGGGUGUUCUGCUUUUGCCACUGUAUUUUGCUUCUAGUGGGUUGAAGACAAAUAUUUCAACCGUUAGCAGUGCUCAAUCAUGGGGACUCCUUGUUUUGGUGAUACUGACUGCCUGUGCUGGAAAGAUUUUGGGUACUCUUUUUGUUUCUUUAGCCCACAAGGUUUCCUUCCGUGAAUCACUCACCUUAGGAUUCCUGAUGAACACCAAAGGGCUAGUAGAGUUAAUUGUCCUCAACAUUGGCAAGGACAGGAAGGUUUUGAAUGAUGAAGUGUUCGCUCUCAUGGUGCUGAUGGCUCUGUUCACAACAUUCAUCACUACCCCAAUCGUAAUGGCUAUAUACAAGCCGGCAAGGAAACAAGUCCCGUACAAGCAUCGGAAACUACAAAGAGACAAGCAAAAGGACGAGCUCAGGAUUCUGGCCUGUGUGCAUGGUACCAAGAACAUCCCUGCCAUCAUAAACUUAAUGGAGGCCUCCAGAGGAACCAGGAAGUCAGCCCUACGCCUUUAUAUCAUGCAUCUUGUAGAGCUCUCUGAAAGGUCCUCAUCCAUCAUGUUGGUUCACAAAGCAAGGAAAAAUGGCCAACCUUUCUGGAACAGAAAUAGGUCACAUGAAGACCAGAUAGUGAUUGCCUUUGAUGCAUUUGAGCAACUGAGCAAGGUAGCAGUAAGACCCAUGACUGAAAUCUCCGCAUUCCAAGACAUGCAUGUAGACAUCUGCAAUGUUGCAGAAGAAAAGAGAGCCGCAAUGAUUAUUCUGCCCUUCCACAAAUACCAACGAGUAGAUGGAGUCCUGGAGUCUGUGAAUGCUGGAAUAAGGACAGUGAACCAGAAGGUGUUGAAGCACGCUCCUUGCUCUGUUGGCAUUCUGGUAAACAGGGGUCUUGGGGGUCAAUCCCAGCUGGCGCCUUCCAGUGUCUCCCAUAACAUUGCAGUGCUUUUCUUUGGAGGCCCGGAUGAUCGCGAGGCUUUAGUCUAUGGCAGAAGAAUGGCAGAACAUCCUGGUAUUAAACUAUCAGUCAUAAGGUUCCUGCCUAACAGUGAAAUCAAUCAGGUUGCACUCAAUUUAACCCCACUUCCUGUACAUGACCAUGAUAAGCAUCGAGAAACCUACACAUUCUCUACCGCAGAGAUGAACAGGGAGCAGGAAAGCGUUUUAGAUGAGGAAGCUCUGGCUGAUAUAAUCAGUGACGUGAACGGCUCUGUUCCAUCCACUCCAAAGAAGUCUCCAGGCAGGAAUGUUUCCUCUGAGGAUGUAAAGGGCUCUAUUGUCUAUACUGAGCAGCAGAUCAGUAACACAGUAGAGUCUGUCCUUUCAAUUGGGAAGAGCAAUGAAUAUAAUUUAAUCUUGGUUGGCAGAGGGCGCUUUCCUUCUCCUCUUGUUGCAGAUUUGGCUGAUAGAACUGCGGAGUGUGCUGAAUUGGGUCCAAUUGGGGAUCUGCUGGCUUCAUCUAGCGUUCAAAUCAGUGCCUCAGUGCUAGUGAUUCAGCAGCAUGAUCACAUUCACACUGAUGAGGUACCAUUUUCAAAGAGCACGAACUCUGCAACUCCACUCACCAUAGCCACUGAAUAAAUGGCGGUUCGAAAAGAUGUUUUCAUAGUUGUAGGGUUUUAAAUUUCUAGUUUUAUAUGUAUAUAUUGUCUUUGUUUGGCCAUCUUGAUUAUCCUGAAGAUAUUACAUAUGGAAUAUGCAAAAACCUAUGUCUGAAUUUUUUAUGCAUGUCUAUGAAUAUAUUUCUUAUUAGUCCUUU